AGCAGCGUCAGCCAAUUUUUUCUCUUUCCUUGCAAGUUCAGAUCACUUUGUUAGUGACGUUCGAACUGAUGGGCAAGCAAUUGCAUAUGUGCAACAAUUUAUAAGCUACAACUAAAAGUGAUCAUCUAACAGUGUAGCAGAUUCUCUGUCAAUUCCUCUGUAGAGCUACUAACAUGCAGAACACAACUCUGAUUUUGCUCCAAUGGCUGGCUAUGGCGUUGACUGUAACGUUUGGCAUGGUCGCCGGCGAAUAUUUUAAGCCGUUCAAUGUUAGCUACGAUCACAGAGCACUUAUUAUUGAUGGACAACGGAGAAUGCUUAUUUCCGCAGGAAUUCACUAUCCUCGAGCCACACCUGAGAUGUGGCCUGAUCUGAUAGCCAAGAGUAAAGAAGGUGGUGCUAAUGCCGUUCAAACUUAUGUAUUCUGGGGUGGCCAUGAGCCAGUUAAAGGACAGUAUAACUUUGAGGGAAGAUAUGACCUGGUGAAGUUUGUGAAGUUGGUGGGAUCUAGUGGUCUCUAUCUUCAUCUCCGAAUAGGUCCAUAUGUUUGUGCAGAGUGGAACUUCGGGGGCUUCCCUGUGUGGCUUCGUGAUAUUCCUGGAAUUGUAUUCCGAACUGACAAUGCACCAUUCAAGGAAGAGAUGCAACGUUUUGUUAAAAAAAUAGUAGAUAUGAUGAGAGAGGAAUCUCUCUUCUCUUGGCAAGGUGGCCCAAUCAUUAUGCUGCAGAUUGAAAAUGAGUAUGGAAAUAUUGAAGGUUCAUUUGGCCAAAAAGGAAAGGACUAUGUAAAAUGGGCUGCAGAAAUGGCUGUUGGACUUGGAGCUGGUGUCCCAUGGGUUAUGUGCAAGCAAACUGAUGCUCCAGAAUACAUUAUAGAUGCCUGCAAUGGAUACUAUUGUGAUGGUUUUAAGCCCAACUCCAACAAGAAACCAAUUUUCUGGACAGAAAAUUGGGAUGGAUGGUAUACAAAUUGGGGAGGUAGACUGCCUCAUAGACCUGUGGAGGAUCUUGCAUUUGCAGUUGCUCGAUUUUAUCAACGAGGUGGAAGCUUUCAGAAUUAUUAUAUGUUUUUUGGAGGGACGAAUUUUGGACGGACUUCUGGAGGCCCAAAUAUAAUCACUAGUUAUGAUUAUGAUGCUCCACUUGAUGAAUAUGGUCUUCUAAGUCAGCCUAAAUGGGGGCAUCUAAAGGACCUGCAUGCUGCUAUAAAGCUUUGUGAGCCUGCACUAGUGGCUGCUGAGUCAGCUCAGUAUAUAAAAUUAGGAUCUAUGCAGGAGGCACAUGUGUACCAAGGUAAUAAAAGUAUCUGCUCAGCAUUUCUUGCAAAUAUUGAUGAACAUAAAACAAUCACUGUUCAAUUCCUUGGUCAAUAUUACACUUUACCACCCUGGUCUGUGAGCGUACUACCAGACUGCAAGAAUGUUGUCUUCAACACUGCAAAGGUUGGGGCACAAACAUCCAUUAAAGUGGUGGAUUUUGAGCCGACAUUAUCUGCAAAAAGCUCUACACCCAAUCACUUAAUGAUUCAGAAGGAAGUACCUUUGGUCUCAGAAUCAUGGAUGACAUUUAAGGAGCCAAUUGGUGCUUGGGGUGAUGAUAAUUUCACUUUUAAAGGUGUCUUGGAGCAUUUAAAUGUGACAAAAGAUGGAUCAGAUUAUUUAUGGUAUAUCACAAGAAUAUAUGUUUCUGAUGAGGAUGUUUUACACUGGGAGGAAAAUGCAAGUAAUCCAUCACUUGUCAUUGAUAGCAUGCGUGAUUUGGUUCGCAUCUUCAUUAAUGGCAAACUUAUAGGUAGUGCAAGGGGUGAUUGGGUGAAAGUUGUUCAGAAACUUCAGUUUAAGCAAGGAUACAAUGACUUGGUGUUAUUAUCAGAGACAGUGGGCCUGCAGAACUAUGGCGCCUUUCUUGAGAAAGAUGGAGCAGGGUUUCAGGGUCAGAUUACUCUAACUGGAUUCAAGAAUGGGGAUGUAAAUAUCACACAUUCACCAUGGACAUAUCAGGUUGGGCUUAAAGGUGAAUUCCUGAAAUUAUAUGCUACUGAAGAUAACAAAAGUUCAGGUUGGACUAAUUUAACAGAUGAAGAAGUUCCAUCGUCCCUUUCAUGGUACAAGACAAAUUUUGAUUCUCCUGGAGGGAAAGAUCCAGUGGUUGUUGAUUUUAGCAGCAUGGGUAAAGGUGAAGCUUGGGUCAAUGGACACCAUAUAGGAAGAUACUGGACUCUUGUUGCCCCUAAAGACGGAUGUCAAGAAACUUGUGAUUAUCGUGGAGCUUAUGGAUCUGAAAAAUGCAACACAAAUUGUGGCAACCCCACUCAAAUUUGGUACCAUGUUCCAAGAUCAUGGUUACAGCCGUCAGACAAUCUACUUGUUCUAUUUGAGGAGACAGGAGGGAACCCGUUUGAAAUUUCUGUGAAGACAGUUUCUGUUAAAACUGUAUGUGGUCACAUGUCUGAGGAUUACUAUCCACCUGUUGACAUGUGGGCCCAACCAAAUUACAGCAAUAUGAAACCAGUAGUGCAAUUGCAGUGUGAGGAUGGUUAUAAAAUUGAAUCCAUAGAGUUUGCUAGCUAUGGAACCCCUCAAGGUAGCUGCCAAGCUUUCUCCACAGGCAACUGCCAUGCAACAAAUUCUUCAGCCAUCUUGUCCGAGGUUUGUGAGGGAAGAAAUAGUUGCAAAAUAGAAGUGUCUAAUUCUGUAUUUGGAGACCCAUGCCCAAGGACUGUAAAAACCUUAGCUGUUAAGGCAAAAUGCAAGCCAUCAUCAUCAUCAUCAUCAACAACUCAAUGGUAUGGUGGAUUAUCAGAUAUAUGAGACCAAGAAAGAAGAAAUGUUAAAGGAUGAAUUUUCCCCUUACAUGUAUGUGUGAAUGGUUGUUUUGAUGAGGUGUUUGGGUAUGGUAUUGUACAUAUACAGAAGAAUAAAAACAGCAUCUAAUAAAGGUAUCGGUUUG